AGUCCAGGCACAGGUCCCUUGUCAGCUGUUGACCGUGAGGGGUGUGUGAGGUAGCUGCUGCCCGGCCAAGGUCCUCUUCCCACUUCCUGGCCCUCGUGCUCUCACUGCUGGGUUCCGGGUCAGUGGUGGACGCUAAGAGGAAGGAAGAGCUGCAGUUCAAUAUGAGAGUGGAGCAGGAGCCUCUAGUGACCAUUGAGGAUGCAGAUUCCCCUUGCAAGCAGCAGACCUUCCUGCACACACACUCACAGAAGAGGUGUUGGCGCAGGAGACCCACUCGGGAAUUGUCCAGCUUACCUUUGUGUUCGCUCAAGCAGUUGAAGGAGGAUCUUGAGACCAUAGUUCAAGAUGCAUCGCAGGAGCUGGUGGCCUUAUUACAGGAGCGCCAGGGGCUGCAGGAGGAGGUUGAUAUCCGCAGCAUCACCAUUGAGCAGCUCCUUAAGUUUGCUGAAAAGCGGCAGCUACAGCUAGGAGAACCUCUUGCAAUACAGAUGAGUGUGGUGCAGAAUCGUUGUCCUGACACUGCCUCUGAAAGUAGGUUGUGUUAGGAUAUGAUAGGGCUCAUGGAUUUUUUUUUAUCUGCAGUUGCUCCCUCUGGUUAGAGGUUGUGGUAGCUGUAGGAACAGCGGUAAUUCAUAUUACCUCAAGGCAAAGAAAACAACUUGCUUUGGUUCAAUAAUUGAUUGCUUAUAAAGUUACAAUUUGGACUGAAUAGAUAUAUGCCCUGUGUCAGACGCCAAAAUUUCACUCUGUAAUGUUUUAGAGUAGCCUGUUUUAUUUCAUAGUACAAUAUGAUUUUCUAAUUUAGAGAAAAAUCUAAGUCAGGGGAAAUGUAUUGAUAGGACAAUGGUUUUGUAACAGUGCUAUGUUUAGUAACUUGUUUUUGAUAUCUUAACUGGUUUGUAGUAAGAAGGAAUGAAUAAGCAUAUAGAAAUUGAAAAGAAUGGUUGAGGAGGCUCUCAACUAUUUUUUUUUCUUACACACAUUCUAGAUCUUGCUGUUUACCACAACAAAUUAAAGAUGAGUGUCUUAAGGCUCACUAGUGUGAAUGGAUGUAUGAUCCAUUUCUUAGAAUAAGUUAUUUACCACAAUGUUUUUCCUUAAUGAUGACUGGUGAUCAUUACUUUUAGAAGAUGAGAAUAUGCUAGCCACUCAUAACUGCAAUAUUUCUCGUAAUAAUACAAGUUAUAUAAAUUUUGUGGAAAGGAUCACAUACCCAUUCAUACAUCUUGUAUGUGCCUUGACUUCACAACCGUAUCUACACCAGGAGUGAUGUAUUGACAAGGUUACUUCACAUGCCUUACAUUAUGACCAAUAGUAACACAAGGGGUCACUAUGAUGUACAAUAAGUAGGAAAUGUAUUGACAACUCUUAAGCACAUGACAAUAUGAAAUAUAGGUUGAUUAUUUAAAAACCUCCAUGAUAGUUAUUACUAUACUAUUUAGUAAUUAUAUAUAUAUAUAUAUAAUAUAUAUUCAACUCACUAGUUUUACAUCCCAUUAUGGGAUGUUUGUGAUAUUUUCCUUAAUGACUGUAUUUGUAUAAACAAUUCUUGUCACAUUUACUUCAGGAUGGAUUCAGUACAGGACUCCCCAAGCAGGCUCUUUUUCACUGAUCUGAGAUAUUCUGGCUCUAUUUAGUUUAAGAAGGAAAAAUGGGCCAAGAUUAACAAAGAAUGCAUUUAAUUUCCCCCAUCGUUGAGGUGAUUACAAUGUAAAAUUGCCUCGAAAGUUGUGCAUAGUGUAAGAUGGUGGAAUUCACAUUCUGGUUAAAAUUAUAGGCUGUCAGCUUUUCCAGAUCAGCUGGGAAGAAUGUUUUUUUUUUUUUUCAAUCUGCAACUUUCAGGUUGAUAUCAGAUUCACCUCAUAAAAUUGGAUAUUGUUCAUACUCAAGAAAGUAUGGUGUUUAUUUGUGACAUUAUGGUAGUACACAACCAUUAGAUAAAAAAAGAAAAGAAAAAAAUUAGUUUUAUAGAAACCAUUCUGAAUACGAAUUGAAUGAGACCAUAAAGCUUGAUGAAGGUCCAUUUGGUUAAUUAAUCAGUGACAAUUGUUUUUACAAAUUCAUUAUCACUAGGAAGUUCAAUCCAUAGGGAGUCUCUCUCUCUCUCUCUCUCUCUCUCUCUCUCUCUCUCUCUCUCUCUCUCUCUCUCUCACACACACACACUGUUGAGAUUGCUGUGAGAGAUGCAUGGAAAUACAUGAUUGUUCUAUACUCUAGAUUUCUUAUAUCUUUUGAUCCACAUUUGAUGAAGAUUGAUGGAAUCCUGUUGGGUUGUGGUAGUUUUUAAACUAUUCUCUGCAGUUACCAGAUAAAGUAUUUUAGUUUUAUUAUGAUACACAACUUAGUCAUCCAAUGUACAUAAUCAAGUUAUUUUCUUUAGGAUAAGAAGCCAUUACUUAUGAAUUUCACACAUAAUUUGAGACUAUUGUAAAUUUGGUACUUGGUAGUGAGCUGAGAAAGAUUUAUUGAUACAGCAAAGACUUUUAAGUUCCUAUUUUCUGCAGCCAUUAUUCCUCAGAGUGAAUUACUUAGAGUACAAAUUGAACAUUUCAAUAAUGAAACCAAAUGGUUGUAAUUUUCAAAACAUUUAGUAGGACUAAAAGAUUAAUGAAUGCAUAAUUUUCCAUUCCCUUCACUCAAGAUUGUAAGUACAUACUCAAUGAGACUAAAGAAAUUUAGGAAAAAUGCCAGGGCAUUAGUGCUUGACGGUUAUGGGGAAAAUGCAGGUUGACUGAAGUGCCAGUUCAUUAGCAAGUAGAAUCACUGUUUAGUGUGUAGGUUUUAAAAGUAAUAUUUUUUGUUCCUCUGAAAAAUUUCUAAUUGAGAGAAAUGUAUAUUUAUUUAUUCAGCUGGCAAUUAUCAAUGGAAAAAUUUGAUUCUUAUACAGUAUAAUUUCAUCAAAGAUAUAAUUUCAUUGUAUGCAGCUACACUAAUUUCAGGAUUUUUAUGUAGAAUAAUCUUAAAGUAACAAUUAUCAUUAUUAAAAAAAAAAAAAUUCCUAAGCGUAUUACAUGAGAUGUCUAAUGACAAGGUGAGUUCACAGUAUUAUAUUUGAGUGAUAAACUAUAUUUACGGUUUUGAUUAAGUUGGGAAAGGUGAUUUGAAUGUGAUUUUGAAAUGUUUGUGAUUUAAUGGCUUUAUACUUGUGUGAUUUUACAGUCAUAAAAAGAAAAAAAAGCACUGAUCCAUAAUACAGAUGGCCUAGUCAUGAGAAGACCAUCACCAUUAUGGUUGUGUAUGUGCACCAACAGCCAUUUCUUAAUGAGCUAAGGAAAGGGUAUUUAAUGUCUUUUUUUUCUUUUAGACUGACUCCAUAAACACCGAGAAAAUUUUGGAAGUGCUCCUCUUUUGGAAGCAUCACAUUACCAUAGAGAGCUGUUGUUUGCAAAAUUUGUAAUAACAAUAAAUUGACAAAAGCCUCUACCAAUAUAGAGAGGUCUACAAUUUAACUGAAAUAAAAGAUAAGGAUAAUAAGUUAGGGAAAAGUGAUUAUUUGAAGGUAUAUAAGAAGGGAAUAUAUUAAUUAUCUCAAUAAAUUUGUCAACUCAAUUGUGCAUAUGAAUGUUUUUAUUCAUAUAUAUAUAUAUAUAUAUAUAUAUAUAUAUAUAUAUAUAUAUAUAUAUAUAUAUAUAUAUAUAUAUAUAUAUAUAUAUAUAUAUAUAUAUAUAUAGUUUUAUUAUUAUUAUUAUUUUUUUUUUGCUCAAUAUUUCUUUGAUUUCUUACAUGCAUUUUCAGUGGGAGUUACACACAGCACUGUUAGUUACAAGUUAGCAAUGUUUAAAAAAAGUAAGAAUCAAAAUAAUCAAAUAUUUUUCACAUUAAAUUCAUGUUCAACUGGAUGCAAAUAUGACAUGAUUGAUGUGGUUUCAGAUUUUAUUCAGACAGUUGGGUAAAUCUUUUUUUCUUAUGAUGCAAGGAUCACUAAUUAAUAUUUGGAAAGGAACUGUGUGAAUUUUCUUAAUACUUGUGAUAAUAAGUUACUGUUGUGCAGUAAUUUCAAACAUUCCCACUAUGAGUUAUGUGAAAUGUUUAUCAAGUAUAUAUAAUGUGGAUAUAAAAGUGUUUUAGGGAAGCUGUUAAAUAACUGGUAUAUGUUUUAAACCUUUUAAAACUACAUUUGUUGUAAUGUUUUUAAAUACAAAUACAACAUUGGAUUGAAAUGUUGAUGCCUAUCAAAACAGUCCUCCAUUAGCUUUAUUAUGGUCUGAAAACUUAGUAUAUUAAAUUACUGGUGACAAUCUGCCAAUGUCAAACAUCACUGUGCUAUGUUCUACAAUGUGUGAUAUCUAGUCCAACAUUUUCAAGACAAGAAUCAGGUUUUGUAAAAUCUAAUAUAUACUAUAUUAGAAAUCAAGGUUACUAGUGCAUUUCCUAUCGAGUUUCCAUGGUGUUUGCAAAAGAAACAUUAAUUACUAACUUGUUGCACAUAAUUCCAUGUCUCUGCAGGUUUCUAUUUGUGCUCUUAAGGCCAUGUUGCCAAGAUAGGUCAAGUGAUGAAUCAAUCUUGGGUCAGUGAACCUGAAAUUAUAGCAAAAUCAAAAUGAUCUUAUUUUUAAAAGUAGUAGUAAAGUGGUACCUCGACUGGAGAGUUUAAUUCUUUCUGUGAUGGGGCUCAUAACUCAAUUUGGUUGUAUUUAAAAUAAAUUUUCACAAUUGAAGUGAACUGAAAUGUCAUUAAUUCAUUCAACCCUAACAACACUUUUGUUUUUAAACAAAAAAGUUUUGAUAAAUAAAUACUGUAUAAAAAACAUAAUAAAAUAUAAUAACGUAAAAAAAAACAUAAUAAGAUGUAAUGUACAGAAAUAAACUGGUUUUGUAAGUAGUUGUUAGAAAUUAAACAACUUGUGGAAACGGAAGAUGCUGGCAGAGGUGGAGAGUGGACAGGCUUAAUACACAUGGUCAGAAAAAAAAUUUGGCUAAAUAGUUGCAUAAAAACACAAAAUGCCAUCACAGCACAAGAAAUGUUUUCACAAGGGGGGCAUGGAUGGGAAUGAACUGAAAGCAUUGGAUGUGGGAUGCUGAAUGGAUGUGGCAUUUGCCUGACCAACUAGCAGUGGCAUACCUGGAACUAACUCAAACUCAGAUUUUAGCUCACACGCUAAAGCCAACAACCAUCCCAGUGAUGGCUUACAUCUGAGAUUUGUCAUAGGCAAAUCUCAUUAGUUGAGGUCCCACUGUAUGAUUACAAAUUACAAUUGAGUUAAAGAUAAGGUUGUGAAAGUAAGAGUAACAUUAAAGAGUGAUGCAAAUAACAAGAGAAGCUCUAAUGACAAAAUUUGUUACUUAGGUGAAGAAUAAAGCAACUCCACGAUAAAAAGUUUUAGCAAUUCUUUCCCAAAUGACAGGAGAAAGGGAGCCAAAAUAAAACUCUGCCAGUUAUUGUGAUAAAAAAUUGUAAUAAUGUUUAUUUAACAACAUCAAUCAACCACAAAGACAUAUCAAGGACAAUGAAGAAUCAUGUACUAGCUAGAGUGAUGAAUUAUGAACAAUUUGCAAGGAUUGGUGACUUCAUGUUUAGGUCAUGCACUAUUCAAUGGUUGAAAGUUUCAUUUGUCAUCCACUAAAGAAUUGAGAGCAAUUUUAAAUCAUAAACUCAAAUCUAUAUCAUGAGAAAUUAAGCAUAAAAUAACAUAUUAAAAAUAUGUAAGUGACAAAAUUUCCCUAAUCAUGGUGUGCCUAUCUGUGAAGCUGUUCAAACAAAAAAAAUUCAUAAAAGAUAAACAUACCUGCUUUAAACAGUACCAAAUAUCUACCCAUAAAACUGAUAAAAAAGUAAUGGAGGCUUAAAUCAAAUAAGCUAUUAAACAAUAGAAAUAUUGUAUACAGAAAUAAUUGAGUUUUGAUAAUGGUAAAUGCAACUCAUCUCUGUAGGAGUGAAAUUUGAUAGCAAGAACAGCUCUAUAAAGGAGCAAGAUUACAACUGAAAUAUUACAAUAUUAAUAAAGUACGUCUCCAUACUGAGUUUCCUCUUGCCAUCACAUUCUACUCACUAGUCAUAAAUUCAGUGGAGAGAGAGAGAGAGAGAGAGAGAGAGAGAGAGAGAGAGAGAGAGAGAGAGAAACUGCAUAGUACUCCUAAAUUAUAAGUUAACAACAAAAUUCAUGUCACUUAUAAGCAACUUUGUUGUUUGACAGCAUGAGAAUAACAACAAAGUCAUUUUAUAACUCCUACUCUUGUCUUGGUUUGUAAUUGUAGAAGAUAGAAUUAUGUGGUUGUACUAAAGAUAGAUAAAUAUCCACUAAUACACACACAUUAUAUAUAUAUAUAUAUAUAUAUAUAUAUAUAUAUAUAUAUAUAUAUAUAUAUAUAUAUAUAUAUAUAUAUGGAGGACUGUAUAUUCUUUAUUUAAGGUUUUGUAGGUUAUGGGGCAAUUAUUUACUGACAUAAGAUUACUGUUGUUAGUGUGCUAAUUUCAAGAAUGAAUCACAAAACUGGUAAACACAGGUGAAAGUGUGCUUUGUAUGCACUUUCCACUAGUCCUUGCCUUCACAUACACUGCAGCAGUGAUAUAUACAAGGGUUUGUGUAAAAUAAAUUCUCAAUAUUUAAAAGUUGAAUUUUGCCCACAUUUUAAGGCACUUAUUAAUUUUUAUGACAAUUUGAUAUGAAGAAUCAAUUAAAGUCAUAUGAGAUUGAAA